GUUGGAAGUGAGAACGUGCGGAGCUCUUCGGUUUUGCUGGCCAUUCCGUGCUUCCCUGCUGAUCGUGGUAUGCCAGCUCUGCAAUCCCUGGCGUUCCCAUGGCUGUGGCAUCGUGGAGCCCCUACGCCUGACUGGAUCCCCCCAUGGAGCCCCGGGUACAGGAUGGAACCAAGGUGCUGCAGGAAGGAUGUUUGCCCAACAAGGUGCCCCCAGCAGAAUGGACGGUGCCAGAGGUGUGUGCGUGGCUGAGUGCACGACACGAGGACCUGGCACCUCUGGCAGCUGAGCAUGCAGUCACUGGGCGAGCCCUGCUGCGCUUGACGGAGGGGACACUGCAACGCAUGGGGGUGGCACCGUGCAGCCGACGCUGGGAGCUGCUGCAGGAGCUGUUGGGCCUGCGUCUGCAGCAGGAGCUGGAGGAGCUGCUGUGCAUCGUUGGGGGGGAGCAGCAUCCACAGGGCCAUGGUGAUGUCCCCACAGCUGGACCAAGAUCACCUCCAUCCCCAGAGUGAAAGCUGCGGGCAGGGAGGUGACGCCAUGUGAUGGAAUUAAGCACAUGAUGUGGCAGCAGUGCUGGAGGGAGUUCUGAGGCCACAGUGUCCCCAAAAUAUCCCAAACACAGCUGGUGAUGUAGGGAUGUGUAAGGAGAAGGUGGCUGCUGGGUAACACCAGUGGGUACUCCUGCAUCCUGCAGG